AUGACCUCGAUUGGACGAUUCACCAGUUCCGCCGUUUCGGCUGUGAGCGAGCUUACUGUCGCCGCCGCAAGUCUCAACUUUGACUUCUCUAUAGUCAAAGUAGAAGCACCUCAAGAAUUCCAUGAAUUAGGACAGGUUUUGUCACACGGACGACGACGAGAAGCCGAAGAUGGGGAGUUACAUAAUACUGCCAGGAGGCUUGCUGCUUUGUUUGGACCCUUACUCACGCCAACGCCCGGACUUUUCAAGGCCUACGGCACCAGAUCAUCCGAGAUUGUUUCAAGUAGAGACGUUAACCCUCUUGGCUCCAAGGAAGACCAUGGCCUCUUUUUUGAACAGGUGGGAGCAGACUGCACUUCUAUAUGGGCUGCAGCAACUUCUGGCCAUUCGGCGGUUGCUAUGCAUCUGCUCGCUUGCAUGCUUGCUCGAAUCUGGGAGCCAGAUGAAGCCAUUUCCGUUUGGGUUGACAUAGUUACUGCACGAAAACGCGAAAUCCAAGCAGACGAAAACCUCGGCGGCCUGGAGAAACUAGCAUUAGAUGCAGCGACAAGACAACAAAUCUCGAGGGAGCAACUAGCUCAGUGGGACACCAGCGCUCGGGCUUGGUUGCGAUGCGCAGAUGAAGCAAAAGGUAUCAAGAGAAAGCAAACUCAGCUGCUACUUAUACUCAAAAACAUCGCUAUUGCCGUCAACAGCAUCACCGACACCUACAAGAGUGUCAUGCAGGCGUGGAAGAGUGCGAUGACACUAGUCGAGAACCUACUCCUGGGUCAACCACAGGAAGUUCGUGAUGGCGCCAUCCUUCUUGGCUUAUCUGCCUGGCACCUUUUCCCAGAUCUUAUCGUGCUGGGGAGUACUGUCACUCAAGUCAAACAACGGGACCCUCUGGUCGCGCAAGGUGGAAUUUUAACAGUGGGCAUAGCCGACACUCAUUCUGACCAAGCACAUCGUGGUAUUUCAUGGUCUUUACCCCUGGCAUCCCUCAACUUUUACGGAGAUCCCGUCACAUCAACACAAACUUUAGACCCGGACACACCUCGCCUGACAGGUCGCGAUCUGUCCUAUUUAGGUCUGGGAAGUUUACUUUUCGAGUGGGAUUUGCCUAGUACCACAGCUUCCCAAGCAAUAGAGUGUCUUGUUGAGAUGUGGGCGUUUCUUUGCCGUAACAUCGAAGGUUUCAGCCUUCAAAGCGUCCCUACAGAGGGGUCAGUGGAGUCUGAUUCUUUUGAGGUUCGGCGGUGGAAAUGGCUCAAAAUGUUAUGUGAUGCGGCAAGAGCGUUUCUUGAUACUCAGGGUGUGGAAAGGGAGCGAGCUUGCCGGCUCUUGCAGUUUGGUCGACGCCGAGCUGAGCAGUUCCUAAGCUAUGAUGGACACCUCAAAACAGACUUUCUUGGCCUCUUAGACUCGCGGAAAUUCAUUGGUUCGUUGCGGGACACCGAGACCAAGGUCUCCUAUCUCCGUCAAUGGGCUAGCCGCAGUAUCUCUGACCAAGACACAAUUAUCCAGUAUAGUGUCACGAACCCUUCUACGCUAUCCGAAACGAGGUAUAGGCGCUCGUCUGCGAGUAAACUGGUAGACGAAACGACAAAACUAGAAGCUACGCUUCCAGAUGGCACAACGAAACUAAAAGAGACAUAUGUGCACUUUGAGUAUGCAACCGCGAUAGAAACAAAGUGUUUAUCUCUUAAGCGAGACUCGAGAGGUGUUGAAAUACCCACCACAUCCCACAAGCGAUGGAUUGCUAUAGUUUCAGAAAACCAUGGGAUCUCAAGUUCCGGCAAAUGCAUUUGCGAACGUAAUGAGCCAAAUACUUGCAACUGCACCAGUCACUUACCCAGCUCAGUCUGGAAAAAUAAUAGUUCCAAGCCAGGAUUGAUAGAAAACCGGUCGUCUAGUCUCUCAUACACAGGGGAAACGAUUGUGUUGGAUGAGCAAAGAGUCACAUACAGCGAUCCGACAUAUGAUUUUGAGUUUUUGACAUGGCACGGCUGGCCACAGACCUUGAAUAACAGAACACAGCCCUCAACAAAAGAACAAACUUACAAUUUCUUGUGGGGCAAACCGGGUGAUGCUGCUAUCUUCAUGGACUGGAAAGAGGACAGGGGGGGUCUCAUGGGAGAGGAUCUGUCGUCUAAAUUUCUUUCCCUAUGGAUCUCGGCCUUGAAGAGCGAUGCAAUCCGUCCCGAAAGUCUCAAAGAUAUUCUCGACGUUGCUAUGCGAGAGAACAAAGAUUACUUUACUGCCAUCGAUGCCCUCUCAAUUGCCUACGAGAUCUUCGAAGACAUGCCAGGUGCAACGAUAGAUCCAAAAGUGACUUCGCAACCACUAAAGGACACGCAAUGGUAUAUCUCUUAUGCCACAUCACAACAUCUUGCUUGGGAAAAGACUCGAGAAGAGGCUCGGAAAAGGGUUGGCAGUCUAGCAGGAAUGACUUUGGAAGAGGGCUGCGUCCCUGCUUGGCACAUGCCAUUAACACGGUGGGAGAUCUUCUCAUGUGUUGCCUACUUUGACACUGAUCAAUCAGCUCUUUCUGCGCAGCCAACGACUUCCUGUGCUCUCCAAGUGGUGCUAUCAACCACCAACCAACGAUCAGCAACACCCUCCAGUAUGCAGCAGAAUCAGUUCACUGGCGCUCCAAAGGAGAACCCCGAUGAAGAUGCAAUUCCUUUCAGAGGAAUGGUUUCUUCUUUUGACUUCGGGAACGACAAUGAUCUCCAUCCUUUCGACAGUCGUCCAAUCACUCAAGCCAUGUUGUCGAAGAGGGUUGAUCACCUCGAUAAGCUACCACGACCUGCCUACGCCGCCAUCGCCAACUGUCUCAAGUCGCACUAG